CAGUUCAUUAAGCAGAAGCAGGAGCAGAAGCUACUAGAAACAUUGCGAUGAGGAAGUGGACACUCCCUUCCGCACUCCUUCUCCUCUGUCUUCUCUUUCUCUUUGCGGAUCAAGGUCGUAACUUUCAGGCGAAUGCGGAGGUUGAUUCCGAUGAGCUUGUAGAUCCACCGAAGGUGGAAGACAAGAUCGGUGCCGUUCCGAAUGGCCUUUCCACUGAUUCAGAUGUGGCCAGGAGGGAGGCGGAAUCGAUCUCCAAGAGAUCGCUUCGAAGCAGCGCGGAGAAGUUUGAGUUCCAAGCGGAAGUGUCACGGCUUAUGGAUAUUAUCAUCAACUCACUCUACAGUAACAAAGACAUUUUCCUUAGGGAGUUGAUCUCCAAUGCCUCUGAUGCAUUGGACAAGAUUAGGUUCCUCUCGCUCACCGAUAAAGAGAUCUUGGGUGAAGGUGAUAAUGCCAAGCUCGAAAUCCAGAUUAAGUUGGACAAGGAAAAGAAAAUCCUUUCCGUUCGAGACAGGGGUAUUGGUAUGACAAAGGAGGAUUUGAUAAAGAAUUUGGGCACCAUUGCAAAAUCUGGAACCUCAGCAUUUGUUGAGAAAAUGCAGACAAGCGGAGAUCUCAAUCUUAUUGGGCAGUUUGGAGUUGGCUUUUACUCUGUGUAUCUUGUGGCUGACUAUGUUGAAGUCAUUAGCAAACAUAACGAUGAUAAGCAGUAUGUGUGGGAAUCUAAAGCUGAUGGGGCAUUUGCAAUUUCGGAAGAUACAUGGAACGAACCACUAGGACGUGGAACUGAGAUUAGGCUGCACCUCAGGGAUGAGGCUGGGGAGUACUUGGAGGAGUUUAAGCUUAAAGAAUUGGUGAAGAGAUACUCUGAAUUUAUUAACUUCCCUAUUUAUCUUUGGGCAAGCAAAGAGGUUGAUGUGGAGGUUCCUGCUGAUGAAGAUGAGUCUAGUGAUGAGGGGGAAUCAUCUGAAAGUAGCUCCGAGGAAGAAAGCGAGGAAGAUGAUGCUGAGAAAAGUGAAGAUGAAGAGAAAAAGCCAAAAACAAAGACAGUGAAGGAAACAACUUAUGAGUGGGAACUUUUGAAUGAUGUGAAAGCUAUAUGGCUGCGGAAUCCAAAGGAGGUUACAGAUGAAGAAUACAACAAAUUCUACCAAUCUCUUGCCAAGGAUUUUAGUGAUGAGAAACCUUUAGCAUGGAGUCACUUUAAUGCUGAAGGCGAUGUUGAGUUCAAGGCAGUCCUUUUUGUGCCUCCUAAAGCUCCUCAUGAUUUAUACGAGAGUUACUAUAAUGCAAACAAAUCCAACCUGAAGUUGUAUGUUAGACGAGUGUUUAUUUCAGAUGAAUUUGAUGAACUGUUGCCAAAAUACCUCAACUUUUUGAAGGGCCUUGUUGAUUCUGACACAUUGCCGCUUAAUGUAUCACGAGAAAUGCUUCAACAAUACAGUAGUCUAAAGACAAUUAAGAAGAAACUUAUUAGGAAAGCCCUUGAUAUGAUCCGUAGGAUUGCUGAUGAGGAUCCCGACGAGGCCACUGACAAAGACAAGAAAGAAGAGGUAUUAUCUGACAACGAUGAGAAAAGAGGUCAAUAUGCUAAGUUCUGGAAUGAGUUUGGGAAGUCCAUUAAACUUGGUAUUAUUGAAGAUGCUACUAACAGAAAUCGUUUGGCAAAACUGCUCAGAUUUGAGACCACCAAGUCCGAGGGUAAAUUGACAUCUCUAGAUCAGUACAUCUCUAGAAUGAAAUCUGGACAGAAGGAUAUCUUUUACAUAACUGGAACCAGCAAAGAACAAUUGGAAAAAUCCCCAUUUCUUGAGCGGCUUAAGAAGAAAAAUUAUGAGGUUAUAUUCUUCACAGAUCCAGUUGAUGAAUACUUGAUGCAAUACCUGAUGGAUUAUGAAGACAAAAAGUUCCAAAAUGUAUCUAAGGAAGGUCUGAAACUCGGGAAGGAUUCAAAAGACAAGGAACUGAAGGAAUCCUUCAAGGAUCUUACCAAGUGGUGGAAAAAAGCCCUUUCCAGCGAGAAUGUUGAUGAUGUGAAGAUAUCUAGCCGUUUGGAUAACACUCCUUGUGUUGUGGUGACAUCAAAAUAUGGCUGGAGUGCUAAUAUGGAGAGAAUAAUGCAGUCUCAAACUUUGUCAGAUGCUAAAAAGCAAGCAUACAUGCGUGGCAAGAGGGUUCUUGAAGUCAAUCCUAGGCACCCUAUCAUUAAGGAGCUCCGGCAGCGAGUUAUAAAGAACCCUGAGGAUGAGAGUGUGAAGCAAACAGCACAGCUGGUGUAUCAGACUGCUCUAUUUCAAAGUGGUUUCCUUCUAGAUGACCCCAAGGAUUUUGCUUCUCGUAUUUAUGACUCGGUGAAGACUAGCUUGGACAUUAGUCCUGAAGCAGCUGUUGAAGAGGAAGAUGACUCCGAAGAAGUUGAGUCCGAAAGUGAUGUAAAAGAAGCUGCGUCUACUCCUACUGCCGAAGCUGAUGCUGGUAAUGAUGAUGCUGAUGCGAAGGACGAGUUGUAGAUUUGCGAGAGGGACACUCCUUAAUAAGUUACUCCGCUUCCCCUUUCCUGUGUUGCUCAUUUUGAGAUAGAUGGGAAAUGCCCUCUAAGCAUGAGUUUUGAUUCAAUAUAAGUCAGUCUGAUAAAGUAGAGCACAUUAGUCGUAACUUACUGUAAUUAUACUAUACCAUCGAAUUUUGUCUUAGCAUUUAGUGUAUUGUUGAAGAAAAUAUGCUGGAACAUGUCCUUUCAUUUGUAAUGACCAGAAACGUUGUUGGUCCUUUUACGCCCGGAUAGGUUGGCGGUGGCCGAGUGUUCAAGGCUUGUGAUAAUGAUUCAAAUGAGAA